CUAUCUUAUGUCAGCCUGUGGUGGUUUGUCAAGUUAUUCAACCAACACUUUGAAGCUGCAGACACUUUUUGUCGUGCCAGUCAUAUAACGUUAAACUGUAGCCACCGACACAGAGAAGAUGAGAUUACCACGGCGGUUCCUCGCGCUGCAUACAGCGCCUGUAAGGAGGGCAUCCUUCGUCCCCGCAUGCAGCAAAACAGACGCCAACUCCCUGCAGCUGCUGCAGGACUUUGUGUCCAGAGCAAGUCGCCUGUUUGUUAUCAGCGGAGCUGGACUCUCCACCGAGUCAGGGAUCCCCGACUAUCGUUCAGAAGGUGUCGGGCUGUAUGCUCGCACAGACAGGCGACCAAUGCAGCAUGCGGAGUUUGUCCGCAGCGCGAAGUCCCGUCAGCGCUACUGGGCCCGAAACUUUGUCGGGUGGCCGCAGUUCUCCUCCCAUCAGCCAAACUCCGCACACCAGGUCCUGCAGCAGUGGGAGCAGAGAGGAAAGCUGCACUGGCUGGUGACACAGAAUGUGGAUGCUCUCCAUUCAAAGGCAGGACAGAAAAGACUGACUGAGCUCCACGGCUGUGCCCACAGGGUGAUGUGUCUUGGCUGUGGUGCCAUCUCGGCGAGGGAGGAGCUGCAGACGCGAUUCGUAGCACUAAACCCGGACUGGAGUGUGCAGACGGGCGGCGUGGCGCCGGAUGGUGAUGUCUUCAUAGAGGACGAGCAGGUCCUCAACUUCAGAGUCCCCUCGUGUGAGAACUGUGGAGGGAUACUGAAGCCUGAGGUCACGUUUUUCGGUGACACUGUGAACAAAGCUACAGUACAGUUUGUGCACGACAGACUGCGGGAGUCGGAUGCGGUACUCGUGGUGGGGUCAUCAUUACAGGUUUAUUCAGGAUACAGGUUUUUACUGGCAGCUGGUGAUCGGAAAAUGUCAGUUGCCAUCGUGAACAUUGGGUCCACGAGGGCUGACCACCUGGCUAAGCUAAAAGUGAGAGGCCGCUGUGGUGAAGUGCUGUCCAUCAUCCAAUCUCUCUGACUGUCAUGAUAUGAUGGUCAAAACUACCUCAGAUUUAAACUGGUAAACAAAAUCAGGAUGAAUAUCUCGACCGGCACCUUUUUCUUAGCAACAUAAAAGUAGCCAGGAGCAUCUGGCUCAAUGAACAGAUAUACUCUCACCUAUUUUGUGAAACGAGUGUACCUGUCUUGGAAAUUCAACUUCUCUUCACACUAGAUUGCUGUCAGUUGAUCAUUAUCUUGGUCCAACCUGUACUGUAUUUAGAACUGGUGCUGUGGGUUUUGGCAUCAUAUAAUAUGUGCAUAUGAUCAUGCAGCAUGUGUGGUUUAGUCUGAAGGCCCAGAGUUGAAAGAUGGAUGGUUGGGUCCCGUGGUUAGUCUUCAGGCUCUGUUCAAUGUUGUGUACUGAUGCUGAUUUUAUUUAGAUUAAAUGGACUAUGAGCAACACUGUAUUAUAUCUUGUUAGUGAAGCAAAACAAGAUGUUUUAUUGCACAAAGCUAAGUCAUGUUGCAGGUGAGACAGAGGGUAAUUUGACUGUUUUAGAAACUAAUUCAAGUGAGAUGAUGCAAAAUACACUAAUCAACUGGUUUUAAGGGUGUGGCUAUCCUGGCAUGAUUUAGUCUCAUGUUUUUAAAGUGCUGACACUCGUGUGAACAUUUUAAAUGUCAACAGAAUGGACCUUUUCGCAAUGUAACUACAAGUAUGAGGCUUGAAAUUAUAACCUGUGGAUCAUGUUUGACCUGAAACUGAUGCAAAUAUUUAUAUUCAUAAUGUAAUGACAAACUCAUGCCGUUUUAUGAAUAAAUGUCAAAGCACUUCA